AUGGCCCGCAAACUCGACGUUCCCGGAGUCGCCUUGAUAACCGGUGCCGCAUCAGGCAUUGGCCGUGCAACGGCACUCUCGUUUGUCCAAGGAGGCUGCACGAAGCUUGCCCUUCUUGAUCUGAAUGAAGCUGGCCUGGCAACCACCAAAGAAUUGCUCGAAAAGGCCAUCUCUUCUGCAGGAGGGACUCCCGAGAUCGGCACCUACAAGUGCGACGUCUCGUCCCCUGAGAGUGUGGCCUCCGCCUACGCCGGCGUGAAGGCGUCUUUUCCCCGCAUCGACUACGCCGUCCACUGCGCAGGGAUUAUCGUCUUUGCCGGGGCCAGCGUUGAUCUGUCCGUCGACGACUUCGACAGGCAGAACUCCAUCAACUAUCGAGGCCUGUGGUUGUGUUCCCGUGAAGCCAUCAAGAUCAUGCGGACACAAGCUCUCGAUUCCGAGGCUUACCCCGACAACCAUAUUUCCCCUGUUCGAGCCCAGCGCGGCGCCAUCGUCAACAUCUCCUCCGGGCUGGCCGUGUACGCACAGCCGAACUGUCCUGCAUAUUGCGGAGCAAAGGCCGGGGUCUUGGCACUCACCCGCUGCGAUGCACUCGACUAUGUUGCCGACCGGAUCCGGGUCAACGCUGUCUUGCCAGGCAUUGUCGACUCCCCGAUGACAAACCCUAACCCGGAGGUGAGGGCGUGGCUGGAGGCCAACCCGGUGCAGCAUUCGCCCAUGAAACGGUUUGGCGAGCCUGAGGAGAUAGCAGAUGUUGCCGUGUUCCUGGCCAGCAACAAAGCAAGUUUAGUUACGGGGGCGAGUUGGAGUGUCGAUGGAGGCAGUCUGGCGGGAUACACCUGA